AUGGACGCGGGAACCGCUGCUUUCAGCAAGAAGGAAAAUAGCAGAGCUCAGGUUAGAAGUCAAUUACUCAACAAUGACAUCGGGAACAUAAACGUGGCUCACGAGAGACCUACUGGGGCGAACUCGCCUUCGCAACCAUUUCCGGGGAACUUCCCAUCCAACUUCCCAUCCAACAAUGCGACUUAUUACCAGCAACAGCCAGCAACAGGCCAACCCUCUUUUCAGCAAGAAAGAGCUUCUUACGUCGCAUACCCAGCUCGAGACCCCCGCGCUUCUUCGCUCACUUCCCAGUCUACUACCAGCAAGAGAUCGCUGCAGUCUCAUGGAAUUUCAAAUCUAUUCAAGCUGCGUUCCGGACGCUCCAAGCACAUAGAGAACGAUGAUGACGAAGAGACGUUGAUGACAGACGCAGAUAAUUCAAUUUUGACCUUUAACGACAUCUCAUCUAUGCGCAAUAAUGGUGGCCACAAGUAUGGAAUGGGUGGCGGAAUGGACGAUACGUCCCCCAUAAUCCCUACUUUGAUAACUAGAGGCCACGACAAUAUGAACAACAUUGAGUACAGGAAGCAUCUUGCUGCUCAAAAGAAAAUGACAGUGAACUCCCUUGUGAACCAAAAAAGGGCAAAUGAACUGGGGCCUAGUGGUGACCCCCGAGCUAUGUCUUUGCAAUACUCCCAUAGUCCAUACGUUGCUCAACAACAACAUCCCAUGAUGAACGGAAAUCAAAUACCACCAUACGGGCGUGCCAACUCCAUGAUGUCGGGGCCACCUCCACAGCUCCGGCAAUGGAACCCUAAAAUGAAUGGCCCACAUCCUCCUCCUGGUAAUGGACCUAGAGCAAUGUCUCUAACUAGUGGUGCGAGGAGAAGGCCUAUGAUGCCCCCGCCGGGCGGAUAUCGACCGCAAUCUGGAGCUAUUCCACCAGCUGGCCAGGGUCCACCAGGUGCUACAAACUUCUAUGGUCCUACAGGCCCCACGGGCCCCGCGGGAUCUGCAAGUCGCACAAGCUUUCAAGGUCCUACAGGUGCAUAUGGCCCUGCUAGGUCGAGUGUUCAAGGUCCGUCAUUUUCUCGAGGCUCCCCAUAUGUGCAGGCCUAUCCUGGACAUCAAAACUCCACCGUAGCUGGCCCGCAAUACAUGCCUCAGCAUGUUCAAAGACCAAACUCCCCGCUACAGUCUCAUGACGAGACUAACGAUAAUGAACAUACGAAAAGCGCAUCGCAUCUGAUGAAAGAAAGCGAGACACCUCUUUCAUCGUCCUCAGCUAUGAGCAUCAACAGUUUGACGUCUUAUCGGGCCCCAAGUCAAACUCCUGAGAGCCAAUCUGCGGAAGACUCUGGUAAUAUAAUCACAAUGAAUGAAGGGCAAUCAGAAUCCAAACAGCAUUUGCAAAAGGAGGGGACUACCAAUUUAGGUAAGUUGAACAUUAUCAAACUUUCGGAUCCCAAGCAAAAGGAGCUCAGAGACAAAGAGUUACAAGUGACUCAGAAAGAAAAGGAAACGCAAACUAAAGAGCCAGAAGCUCAGUACCAGGAGGCCAGUAAGAGUGAUCACCUUAAUGCUUUACACUCUGUUUCGAAAGAGUUUUCACCGAAAUUUCAUUCCUCUAAUUCCAGGCUGAAUAACGAGCAGAAGGAUGAAAAUGACGCUACAACGGGGCAGAGACGUUCUCAAGUGCAAUCUAUGGCGACUUUUGAAUCAUUAAUAAGUAAUGACUCCCCAGUAAAGAGAAAAAAUAACCAAUCUACACUGUACAAGCUUGAGAAUUCUACUGAUGGUAAUGAAUACUUUACUGCUUCUGAAUUAGUGGAUGAUGUUGCUGGAAGGUCGGACAAUGUAUCAGAAGUUACAAUCACACACAAGGCGGCGCAUGUGUCUACGAAAGAGACCAGUACGUCAGAAAAGCAGAGUGCGACACCACCAGAAUUGGAAAGAAAGGAUAGCGGACUUGGGAAGGCUCGGAACUUUUUGAGAAAGCUGUCAUCGAAAAACAAUAAAAUUGACAAAUCGAGUACACAAACCGGUCAGUCCAGUGCCGGUCAGUCCAGCGCCAGUCAAUCUGUGAAAAAGAAUCCCAGCUCUGACAGUAUAUCUGUAAUAGAGAGAACAAAUGGAUCCGAAGGGAAGCAAUUCGGGACCAUGAAGUCGGAAAACAUCAAGAGAAAAUCGUUUCAUUCCUUGUUUUCAAAUUCUUCCGGUGGUACAAAUGCUGGCGAGCGUGUAAAAUCAUACUCCUCACUGGCCAAUAUCAAUGAGAAGAACGUCGAUGAGAAGCCUCUAGUAAACCAGGGUCCAAUAUUCACUGUGGAUGGCGAGGAAUCGUUUAAUGAAGAUACUCUAAAUGAUAGCGACUUUGAUCUACCAGGGGCUUCUACAUCUAAAGAACCCGCUCUACAGCAAUCUCAUCCGAUGAAAGCAGGAGGCGACCCCGCCCAAACUGUCUACCGCCAAGACGAGGGCGAUGAGUUCAAUUUCGAUAAUACUAUCACAAAACCUUACAAGCCGCUGUACGCUUCUCAAGAUGAGCUAGAACCAGAGCUGGACUCGCAAGUUCCGCAAAAGUUCAAGACUAUUUCCAUAUCUAACACUCAGAUGAGUUUGCUUAGUGAACAGAACACGUUAAUGAGCGAAAUCGAUCUUCUGUCAAAAGAGCUUGCCGAGUCAAUAGGACGCGAAGCUCGCCUUGAACAACAUGCUAACGGGGAAAACCGCAAUAAUCAGGACAGUCAACUGCUGUCCAUUGUGGACUUCGAGAUUGAGCUACGAAAGAAGUCUUCUAAGAUUGUUGAGCUCAUUCAGCAGUUGAAUGAUGAACGGCUCAGACGUUACAUUGCCGAGGAACAAAUAAUGCUACAGGAAAAUGGUGUGAAGCCUAGCGUGGUGGACCUAGUCCACAAAAUACACGUUUUGCAUCAGGAACUGGCGAAUAAGGAAGAACAAAUCUCAUCCUUGACCGCAGAGUCAAAAGAUUAG